GAUUUUUGUUUCCAUUUCUACUUCUAUUUUCUUGUUUUUUUGUUUGGAUGGAUACAUUGCUGUAUUAUCUUUUAGGUUUCUAGUCUCUACAUGACAUCUCGCUGUUCCGCUGCUUCACAACCCAUUGUAUUGUGAGAAAUCUGUGUUUUUGUCAUUGCACAGCAAUCCCUGCAACCGUAGCAAAUUCAAUUCAGUCUGAAAUUCAAAUGGAUUGGUUUUUCCAGGCAGAGUGUGAGUUUUAUAUGAAGAAAAAGAAAACAGACUGGCUUAGUACUCUUUUACAUAGGAAAUUCUUUGGUUCUUGCAUUCAUCAUCAAGAGCUUCGGAAAAAUGAAGAAAAUGUGUUUUGCAUCGACUGUAGUCUUGGAUUUUGUAGGCAUUGUAUGACAGCUCAUUGCUUCCACCGGCGGCUUCAGAUCUGCAAAUAUGUCUACCAUGAUGUUGUCCGCCUUCAAGAAAUGCAGAAGCAUCUUGACUGCUCUAAAAUUCAGACAUAUAAAAUCAAUGGUGAAAAAGCCGUGCAUCUCAAUCCUCGACCGCAAUCCAAAGAUGCGAAACCAUCAACUAAAUCAAAGUUUGGUGGUACUUGCGAAGCUUGUGGGAGAUACCUACAAGACCUUCCUAAUCGCUUCUGUUCGAUUGCAUGCAAGGUCUCGGUAAUUUCUGUGAAGCCUAAGGAUCAAAACCAUAACAUGAUUGCUGUCCCCAUUCCUGAAAUUGAUAUGCCUUCGAAGCAAAAUUGCUAUCAAGAAACAGACAUGAAUGAAAUGGAAUCGUCAAUCUCCAUAGCUGAUUCAUCUGAGGAGAUAAGAGCUUGGUUGAAUUCAGCUUUGAAGCCGAGGAGGCUAUUGCACAAGAGGAAAGGGGUCCCUAGGAGGGCUCCUCUUUGUUGAGGCUUAAACAAAAUUAAUGUUCCAUCCUUUCUUUUUUUUUUUUCUUUUUUUUGGGUUGUCAAUUCCUUAUAUUUCUUAUACAGUUCCUGUCAAUUUUAUUUGAUCAAAUUUACAAUUUUGGUCUAUUAAGGCAGUAAAGCAGAUACAUGACAGCUAUUUUUGUUCUAUAAAGGAUAUAAUCUAU